AUGCUAAACGUUGUUGCUAAAAACAGACAUAAACCUUUUGACGAGACUCGACGUCUCGGGCUGCAAAAAGAAACAGAAGCUAUAAUACGUGACCUUUUUCCAGAAGAGAUAGGAAUGCUAGUGGCUGAAACCGUGGUGCCUAAAGGCCCGGCUUCUGCCUACAUGGAAGAAGGAGAUAUACUAAUUAAAAUAAACGGACAAUAUAUUACAAAAUUUGUACCAUUAGAUGAUUUAUUAGAUUCACAUGUAGGUCAAGAAAUUGAAAUAAUGAUAGAACGAGGGGGGAAGCCUAAAUCCUUUAGUGUGUCAGUUCAAGAUCUACAUUCAAUAACACCAGAUAGAUAUGUUGAAAUUGGUGGAGCAAAACUAAACGAACUAUCUUAUCAAUUAGCACGUUCAUAUUGUGUGCCUGCAGGUGGUGUAUAUGUGGCUGAACCGGCCGGCAUGUUCCGGUUAGAUGGUCCUGAUCAUGGAUGGAUAAUUGCAUCGGUGGAUAAUAAACCAACACCAAAUUUACAAGCAUUUAUUGAUGCGAUAAAAGAUAUUCCUGAUCGUGAACGAAUACCAGUUGUUUAUUAUUCUAUAGCUGAUAUUCACACGACGAGCGUAGCAGUCGUGCAAGUGGAACGACAUUGGUCAAGGUUUAGAUUAGCUAUAAGAAAUGAUUCUACAGGGUUAUGGGACUUUCAAGAUUUGGGUCCUCCACCUCUGCCAAAGGAAUUGCAACCAGCCACUGCGAGGUUCAUUGAAAUGGACGAGUCUUUGGGAGCAGCCAAGGAUCUUAUAGCUUCUCUAGUUAAAGUUAGCUAUUAUAUGCCAUGUCGCAUCGACGGUUUUCCAAAAAGUAGAAAACAAGGUGCUGGACUUGUAGUUGAUGCGGAAAAAGGCUUAAUAGUAGUAUCUCGCAGCAUUAUUCCAUUAUCCAUGGGUGACAUUUCUAUCACUAUUGCCGACUCGAUCAUUAUUCCGGGUAAAGUGGAGUAUCUUCAUCCGACGCAUAAUUUUGCUUUUGUUUCCUAUGACCCUAAAUUGAUUGGUGAGACUCCUGUGAAAAGUGCUGUGUUGAGUCAACGAACUUUGAUGCAAGGGCAUAAAGUCACGCUGGUCGCUUUCAAUCAUAAUCAUCGAAUUGUUUGCUCGGAAACUGUCGUAACUGAUAUAACUAGUGUAACCAUUCCUCAAAAUGCUACACCGAGAUUUAGGAGUAUAAAUCUGGAUGCAAUCACAAUCGACACCCCGCUUGCACAGCAGUGCUCAAGUGGUGUGCUUACAGAUUCAAAUGGACAUGUUCAAGCCUUAUGGCUUUCUUAUCUUGGAGAACGAAACAUGUCUGGACAUGACAAUGAAUAUCAUUUAGGCUUACAUAUUCACACAAUAUUUCCGGUGCUUGAUGCUUUACGCAAAGGGGAAACACCGAAUUUACGAUUCUUAAAUAUUGAGUUGAUGCCAGUACAAAUUGCUCAAGCGCGACAUAUGGGUUUAACUGAGAAAUGGGUUCGUAAAGUGGAAGAUGCAAAUCCAAAUAGGCAUCAACUUUUCUUGAUUCGACGGACUGAGACUGGCAGCGAAAGUGCUAAUGUCUUGAAAGAAUUGGACCUUAUUCUAGCUGUUAAUGAGCAAACUAUCACCCGUAUGUACGAAAUGGAUGUGCAAUACUUUAAGGAAGAACUUGAUAUCACUAUUCUCCGACAAAAAGUUGAAAUGACUUUGAAAGUACCUACAAUUCCUAAUUCUGGAAAUGGAACGAAUAGGGUUGUAAUUUGGGCGGGGGCUGCGAUUCAAGAGCCACAUAAAGCUGUUUUACAACAAUCUAAAUCGUUGCCUUCCCGUGUUUAUAUUUCGGCUCGCAGUAAAGGAUCUCCCUCAUAUAUGUAUGGAAUGGUCCCUACAAUGUGGAUAACUCAGAUUAAUGGAAUUCCCACGCCAGACCUUGACUCUUUUGUCGCAGUAGUGCGCAAAUGUCCCGACAACACUUAUGUCCGUGUAAAAAUUAUUACUUUUGAUAUGAUACCAAUGGUUUUGGCAAUCAAAACUUGUUAUCAUUACUG